UUUAGGAAUUGUGGGAAUGCAAUUCUUAUCAUGCCCUGCUGGCUGAGGGUUCUAGGAGUAGUCCAGCUGCUGGAAAGAGGCUUGGUGCCGGCUGAACUUGCUGGGAGUUUCGGUCCUUCUGCAAAAAGCAGCAGAGCGUGCCGGGAGCGGCAUUUUCCCGCCAAAAGCCCCGGUCACGAAGUUGCCAAUCCCAAAAUGGCGGCGUUGCGGGUCUAUUUCUGCGGCAGCAUCCGGGGCGGGGGAGGGGACCGGGAGCUGUACGGACGGAUCAUCGCUCUGCUGCGGGAAUAUGGCCGGGUACUAACCGAGCACAUCGCCAGCGGGGAGGAAGCCGGUGAGCGCGGGGACCGGUUCAUCCAUGACCGUGACGUGGCGUGGCUGAGGGAGGCGGAUGUGGUGGUGGCCGAGGUGUCCCAGCCGUCUCUCGGGGUGGGAUAUGAGCUGGGUCGGGCCGUGGACAUGAACAAGAAGAUCCUGUGUCUCUUCAGACCGUCCUGCGGGAGAGUCCUUUCCGCGAUGAUCCGAGGAGCAGAUAAUGGCCGCUCCGUUAUGGUCAGAGAUUACGAGCCGGAUGAGAUCGAGGGAAUCUUGUCUGAGUAUUUUAGAGUUACGUUCCCCUCCUUGUGACCGCGUGCAGCGGCUGCCGACGGACCCCCAGCGGGCAGAAAUUAAUAAAGGGGUUUUGUGCUGUU